UUUUCGAUCGAAGUAUAUGUUCAAAAAUGUGUUUUGUCUUUCUCGCUCAAACCUCAAGAACUAAGUUUGAAUUCCCUCCUUAAUAAUGCCACUUGGGAAUCUAUCGCCAGUGCAAACAUUACAAGAAGUUACGAGCUGGGUUAUCUACUGGCCCUCGGGAAUCCAGCGCCGAUGCAACUAAGAUGUGCCAGUUCUUCAAGAACCGCACUCCCCGCGACGAAAGCUCCACAGUCGUUGUCGUCUCUGUUCCAAGACCCUCUUCCUCAAAACCCUGGAUCACCAUCCCAACCUCGAAGCAGUCCGACGGAGUUCGAGCUUCACGUGAGGCAACGCUGCAAAUCAGGUACCCUCUCGCUGCAUGAAGCGCUCGGUUUCUUCCAAACACUGGUUCGAAUCAAGCCCAUUGUGUCCAUCGGUACGUUUAAUCACGUGAUGGGGUCGGUUUCCAAGAAUAAGGCGCAUUCGGACGUGAUCGCCUUGUACAAAAAGAUGAGUGGGGCAGGAAUCCAGCCCGAUUUGUGUACGCUGAACAUUUUGAUCAACUGUUGUUGCCAUCUGGAGAUGAUGGAUUGUGGGUUCGGAGCCUUUGGUGAGAUCGUGAAGCGCGGUUUCGAGCCCAACGAGGUGACUUUUGCUACCCUGGUUAAAGGUUUGUGCUUGGUGGGGGAAGCCAUGGAUGCAGUUGAGAUGUUUGACAGAUUGGCUCUUAGAGGAUUCGAUGGGAUGGUGGGUUCAGUUUUGUACAGGGCCCUUAUUACGGAGCUCUGUAAAACACGAGAGACAGCGCUGGUGCUGGAAUUGCAAAAGAGGAUGACAAAGCAGGGAUUUGAGGCUGAUGCGCAGACGUGUACCAAGAUUGUCGGUGCUCUAUGCAAAGCCCAGCUGAUUGAUGAUGCAUUGGAGUUGUUUCGUGAUCAGAUUAGCCAGCGGACUGAGCCUGAUGUUGUGCUUUACAAUUCAAUGAUUGCCGGGUUGUGUAAAUCACAGCGAUUGGGGCAAGCUGUUGAAAUUUAUGACGAAAUGGUCGAGCGUGGUAUCUCGGCUGAUGUGAUCACAUACAACUCUUUAAUCCAUGCUUUCUGCCAAGCUGGACAAUGGAUUGAAGCCAAAAAAAUGCUUCAUCUAAUGAUAGAGAAAGGCAUUUCGCCCGAUGUCAUCACUUUCAACAUCCUGAUAGAUGGUCUAUGCAAAACGGGAAAAGUAAAUGAAGCGGGUGUGGUAUUUGAAGUGAUGAUUCAGAAACGCGUGGACCCUGACAGAUACACCUACAAUACGCUCAUAAAUGGUUUAUGUUUGGCGGGUAGGCUGGAUGAUGCAGCGAACUUUUUCCAUCUAAUUGAAGAGAAGGGCCUGAAGCAUGACAUUCUUACCUACAACGUAAUGAUUAAUGGGUACAUGAAGCAUGGAAAAAUUGAUGAAGCAAAUGGACUCUUCACUCAAAUGCAGACUCAUGGCUCUCUAGCACCAGUGCUAUCCACUUACGAGGUUGUGCUGGAUGGUCUCUGUAAAAAUGGACAUAUUGACCAGGCAAUGGGUCUGUAUCGGUCCCUCAGUAGUGCCAGACUUGAACCAUCAAUCGAGGUGUUCAACAUUCUGAUUGACGGGUUUUGUAGAGCCGGUAAAAUUGAGGCAGCAAUGAAGUUAUUCGAGAGCAUGUUGGACAAGGGAGUGGUUCCCGAUGUGAUAACUUACAACAGCUUAAUCAAUGGCCACAGCAAGGAAGGGAUGUUAGCGAAAGCCGAGAAACUUUUCUUGAAAAUGCAGGAAAAGGGUUGCUUCCCGGACUCAAUUUCGUACAAUAUUCUAGUCCAAGCAUUUUUGCAGGACAAACAAGUGGAUAAAGCAUUGCAACUUCUACAGGAAAUGCGUGCAAGGAGAUUUUCACCUAAUAAAGCAGUUGUUUCAAGAUUGUUAUGUUCUGUGACGAUUGAUGCGCGAUGUCAGGAAUUCAUUGAGUCGCUUCCUAAUGCUGCAUAGGACGUGUACAUGCUAUGGAAAUGUUCAAGAGAAUUUGUAAUGAGAAUGUUAAAUGAGAAUUGUCAAG